GGACGGUCAGUGGCUUCAGCGGCUCGGCGACAUGUCCUGUUCACUUCCUUGUAGAAAGACGAAAGGCAAAUGAGUGUCCUGUCAUACCAUACGCGCGUUGCUCUGACGUCAUUCGCCCGACUCCAUGUAUGCGACAUACGUUGACCGCGUGCGCCAAACAGUUGGGUCCACACGUGAAAGUGGUGCGAACAUGUCGUCGAAUUUGGAACCAGAGAUCCAGUUCGCUCAGAAAUUGGCUUCUAACGAGAAACCCAUUCGAACCAGGGCUUUGAAAAAACUAAGAAAAUACAUCAUUGCCAGAUCACAGAGGGAGACAGGGGGAUUCACAAAUGAUGAACUGCUUAAGCUUUGGAAGGGCCUGUUCUAUUGUCUGUGGAUGCAAGACAAACCUAUCCUUCAGGAGAACUUGUCAACCCAGAUCUCGUCCCUGAUUCACAGUUUCCAAAAUUUGGACAGCCAGUUGUUAUUCCUGGAGAGCUUCAUGAAGACCUUCAAAAGAGAGUGGACCGGUAUUGACAGGCUGCGUAUGGAUAAGUAUUAUCAGCUGGUCCGCUUUAUCUUCAGACAGACAUUUGAGAUGCUGAAAAGAAACAACUGGAAGAGCAGUAUGAUUGGCAGAUUUUUGGAGGUUCUCACGGUUCAGCUCCUGCAGAGCGAUAGCCAAGCACCCAUUGGCCUGCUGUUUCACGUCCUCGACAUUUACAUGGCUGAAUUGGCACUUGUCGGCUCAACCGAGCUCACAGCAAAUCAAAAUUUGAUGUUUAUUGAACCUUACUGCAAAAUUGCAGCCAAAACCAAAGAUCAGAGUCUUUUCAGCGCCAUAUGCUCGGGUAUCUUCACCACAAUCAUUGACCAGGCUCCCUUUGCAAUUGAAGACUUGAUGAAGGAGGUGAACGCUGCCGACUGCUCUGACUCCGGACAUUCUUCUGAGGAUGAGAACGAUUGUAUUCAGGAGACAACUGGCAAAGCAGUUGAUGUGAAAAUGGCAACAAAACAGCUUAUUGAUGAAGAUGACAACGCAAACACAGAACACCCUGGUGAUGAUGACGACAUUGGUCCAGUCCUACAGUUUGACUACAUUGCCCUAGCCGACAAGCUGUUUGAGUUGUCCAGUCGGAGCAACACGCCUAGCCACAACAGGAAGAAGCUUUACAAAAUCAUCAAAGUACUGCGAGACCUAAGUGAAGGCAUCUUUCCUCAUAAUGAAUAUCCAGAAGAAGUGUCAACAGAUGAAGAUGAUGAAAUGUUUGGUAGCAGGAAGCGAAUUAAGAAAAGUAAAUUUCGUGUCAACAACGAUGACGAUGAGGCACCACCUGUGAAGAAAAGCAAAGUUGACAAAAAGAAAAAUUCAGUAAAGCAAAGAGAAGAACAAACCAAAAAGGAGACUCUGGAAGAUGGUGGGGAACCAAUGGACCUACCCGUGGAGCAAAAGAAAGGGCGGGGAGACAGAAAAAAGAAGAGAAAGGCCAAAAGGCUUCCGAUGAAAAACACUAAAGAAAAUUCUGAGCCCCAACCUGAUACCAGGACAAAAGAGCUGCAACAAACACCUGCCACAGCACAACCUAAAACGUCUUUGGAAAUUGACACCCCAGUCUCGGAUAGGAAGACCAGGAAAAGUCUACGAGUUGGGAAGAAAUUGAUGAAAAACACGGGAGAAAAUUCUGAGCCCCAACCUGAUACCAGGACGAAAGAGCUGCAGCAAACACCUGCCACAGCACAACCUAAAACGUCUUUGGAAAUCGACACCCCAGUCUCGGACAGGAAGACCAGGAAAAGUCUACGAGUUGGGAAGAAAUUGAUGAAAAACACGGGAGAAAAUUCUGAGCCCCAACCUGAUACCAGGACGAAAGAGCUGCAGCAAACACCUGCCACAGCACAACCUAAAACGUCUUUGGAAAUCGACACCCCAGUCUCGGACAGGAAGACCAGGAAAAGUCUACGAGUUGGGAAGAAAUUGAAAAGUCAUUCGCCCAAAUCAGAAUCCAAGACGGUGACCUUUGGCCUUAACAAUAAUAAAACAGCUGAGUUUAGGAAAACCGACAGCAGCCUGCUCGUAAGUCCUGAAGGUUCAUCACGAGUGCCCUUCGACCCAACGCAAAAGCCCAGGUUCGGUGUUUUGAAGUCUUCACCCACGCCGGUCUCCAUCACAAAGAAACCCGCCGGCAACACCAAUGCGACGACAAGUUUGAAAAGUAAAAAGAUCAUGCCCCAAAAACGACCUCUGGCAGCAGAUUUUUUCUAACUACUAAUGCUUUUUCCUGUUAUUAGUAGACUUGUUAAAAGAGAAUGUGUUGCAGGGACACUUUUGUAAAAUGUCAGUGAUGGCUUUUUUUUUUUUAUUUUUUUUAUUUUGACUCACUUGAUGUUUAAAACAAAUAUAGUUUAAAGCGUUUAUCAACGCCAGGGUUUGUUUUAUAAUCAACGGUAUAUUCCAAUUUAUCACUGAAAAGUUCUGGUUAGAUGUUUUCAAUGGUUGUUCAUAAUUAAAAAAAAAAAUUAAAAUAAUACUGUCAUAGUUUGUUUUCUGUUUGAAUUUCACAAAGUCCCUUACAGCCCUGGAUCAUAAAAGUUCCAGAUUGUUUUCCUUGAGCAAAAAGACAAGUGAAAAGUUAUUUUUGCUACAGAGGAUAGAUUUUGCCAAUAAAAAAUGUUAG